AUGGAUUUAAGUCGGAAUGAAUAUUCAGAAAAUAUCUUUCAAACACACAUCAAUAUUGUUAGUCCAAAGGAUCAGAACCCAUAUUGUUACGUUGAUCUGAUGAGUCUCUAUCGUGUGGGAAGGGUUUGCGUCCAGAGCAUACUCGCUCAAAACUCUUUAAAGCUUGACAACUUAGACAGAUUUCAUAUCAAACUGAAUCUAACUCUCAGAAAAAUCCGUAAUAAAGAUAUAAGAAAUCUUAUUGAAACUUGCGCUCAGUACCCUGGCCAAGCCCUACACAUCACUUGGCCAAUGUGCGUAGACUGUCUAGACUUCGAACUCGAGUCCCGGUACGUAUUUCUGCAUCUAUCCAAUGAACGCUAUGAAAGAACACUCUUUUUUAUGUUUAUGGAAGUCUACGAAGCUGAUGCAAUUUAUGGCUGCUUUGGUGUGUUGGAAGAAGGCCAUUUGCAAGAACUCUAUGGCUUGUCGUACGUGGAUUGUGGAAAACAAUGCAAAUCAAAAAAUUUCAAAUUCUCUGCCGUCAAAGCCGAAAUAGAAUGCUACUGUUCCAAUGAAUUUGUGGUGAAUAACCAGAUUUCUAUAUCGGAGUGCAGAAAAGGGCACUAUAAGUACUAUUUAGUAUAUGAUGUUGAUUCAGAUGUAAUUUUUGAGGAGGCAACAAAGGUUUAUCAUUUUUGUAAGAACGAUUUGGAAAUAUCUGAAGAAUGGAAUUGUGAGUCCUUCAAAUGUCUGUCGAAUUGUAGUGGAUCACUCUGUGAAAUUGACGCAAUCCAAGAAAUGCCUCCCAUCUUGUACAUUGGUUGCUUCAUGUACGCUAACUGCAUCGAGAAAUCGCACGUUACAUCGCUGGACGAAUGCAUCGUCUUCUGCAAGCAACACCUCAUCAGUUACCUUAUCUUUUCCAUGCGUAACGGGCACGAGUGCUACUGUUCGACACAUGCGGACGUCUUGUUAGACUCUUCAAUGUGCAAUGUGACGUGUGGCUCUGAUAAGAAGGCUUGCGGCGGCCUCACUCUUUACAGCGUUUACUCCAGUAAAAUGUUAUUAGAAGAUAUAGUGGGUUGUUAUUCUGCCGAGAAGAUAAAUUUAGAAAAGGCAAAAAUUUACUUUGAAGAUGAUUACAUGACGUUUACCUACUGCCUAAGUUUUUGUCGAGAACAUAAAUCAGAUCACGUAGCUUUGAAGAAUGCCUCCAUGUGUGUCUGUGGAUACCUGCUCGACCUGUUUGCACCUAGUGACCAGGUGCACAUUUCCAAAUGUAACAUGCCCUGUCGCGAUGAUUCAACCAAAAAUUGUGGCGCUACUCAAGCCUUUUCAGUCUACAAAGACUGUUCGAAGUUGAAUGGACUCUGUGAUCCCCUUACUCAGUGUAUCGGUGUUAUUGUUAAUGGUCAGCAGAGAAAUGAAUGUCGUUCAACCACACAAGCCAGUAAACUAGUUUCGUGGAAACCGAUGGCUAUGAUAAGCUCGGCUAUUGGCUUGCUCAUAAUUAGCAUCGCUGUUCUUCAGUUUUAUUUGCACAGACGAAAACUUCAAAAGCGUUCCCAUGUUAGAGCAAGCGGGUCUCUUCCAAAAAAGCUCGAGCAGAGUUACCUGCAAUAA